CUCCAAAACGCUCCUCUCUGCUCUUUAAAAAUACAUAGAUACAAAAUGGGCAACUGCGUCGCAUCUCAAUUCUCGGCAAAGGGUGGCAGCGUGAACUGGCUACCAUCUACAGCCAAGGUCAUACAUUUAGAUGGAAGCCUUCUGGAAUUCCCUCAUCCCGUCAAAUGCAGCUCCGUCCUCUCACUUAAUCCCGACUGCCUCCUCUGCAACUCAGAACAAAUAUAUGUCGACUCUCUCCUACCUCAGAUGCCCGGAGACGAAGAACUUGAACUGGGUCAGAUUUAUUUCCUCAUCCCUCUGUCUAAAUCCCAAGACCCAAUUUCCCUCCAGGACUUGUGUACCUUGGCUGCCAAGGCGAGCGCAGCUCUAACACGUUUAAACGUGGGAGGUUCACCAAAGAAGGCGUUACGAUUUCCUGAUGAGAGUAUCGUUUCUCUUGGACUCACAACUGGAGCUCCAAGGUGCUGCAAAGUUCCUGGAUUUGAUCUCAUCCGAGUGAAUUCGCAGGGGAAGGCAAGCAACAACUAGAAAAUCAACUUCUGAACUCUAA